AUGGGUUACCAUGGAGAAAGCGUUGAUGGGAGAUCGGAUGUUAUCAUCUCGAACUAUGGAGAAUUGUACGGAAACUCAACAGGCACCAGAUGGUUUAGAUUUCGUGACUUUGAACCCCGACAUCUGGAGAUCGAAAUUCCGGAAAUGGAGAAUCGCGAAGGCUACCGUGAAGGACGAGGCUUCCACUUCCAUGCCAGUGGCGAGGAUGUCAGCGUGGAACUGGAGUUCAUUGUACCGUUUGCCAAAAUUCCGGUCAAGAGGAGCAUGAAUUUGGCCCGCGAUGCAGUCCAGAGUAUUUUAAACCUGAGAACAGGAGCAAUCCUGAAUACAGCUGUUGUGGUGGCUGCCGGAGCAGUAAUAGCUGCUGUGGUGCGUCUGGUUUUGGCGCCUCUAGUGGUUACAAGCAUAGGUAAUGGAUAUGGCUACAAAUCGGACUCAGAAAGAGGCAUGCGUCGUCUAACCGAUGUUGUGGAAUCCCAGCUGGAGGAGCAUAAUAUUGAUAUGUCCGUGUGCAUACAGCGUUGGCUCUGCCAAUAUCUGCAGAAGAACCUUUCCGUCGGAUACUCCAGGGUUCUUAAUGUGCUAACUAAUGCACCUUGGCUGCAUCCAUAUGUGAAUGGAACAGCGGUGUUCCAUGCCAUCGAGACUUCACAAAACAAUCGAAGUUGCAGUCACACUUAUCAUCAAUGUCGUUGGCAGAACCACUGGACAUCGGGAGGUGCUAUACCCCAAAUAAUGAAAUUCUUCAAUGGAUAACAACUAGAUCUUAAAAAU